AUGUCUCGCAAAGGGCUCAUGGAGCAGGACCUCAGUAAGCUGGAUGUGACCAAGUUGCAUCCGCUUUCGCCAGAGGUUAUCUCCCGGCAGGCUACAAUCAAUAUCGGUAAGGUCUCCCAUCAUAUUUUAUACGGGAGAAGACUGUUCAUCGCAUGCCCCCCCGCGGCCAGUCACCACCAGUCGUACCACCUAUAGAAAUUAUUCCAAGAUAAUUUUUGAUUGGAUUAUAAUCUCGUGCAUUAUAAGAAAGGUGUCAGCUUUCUGUAAUCUGGAAAGAAUUUCCUGGGAAUGCCUUGGUGGGUGAGAAGAAGCUGGAGGGAGAAAGUAUUUUCUAACGUGAAUGAACGAAUACAAGAGGUUCUUUGCAAGGUGAGGCCUAUCAGUGAAGCAUAGGAUCAGUCAACAGCUGUUGAUGAGGUGCAUGGUUUGGUUGCUUAGUGAACAGUUGAAAUGGGAAUAAAUGUUCUUAAAACAAUGGCAUCAGAGAGGAGAAUCGGCCGCUUCUUCCUCCCCCAAGACUGAGACUGGUUGCAAGAGAAGCUUCUUCGUAGAGAUUGAGGAUGACAGGACAUUAGAAAGGUUUACCUAAUCAGAAGUUAGAAAGUGUUUUAAAGAGUAAGUUUGGGGAGGUUGAAUAUAUGGAGCACUGUCCAAAACAGCUGAAAAGGAGUUGAGGUGCGGUAUGAAAACCAGGGAAUGUUGCCUCUUGCAUGCGUAUUCUGUGAGAUUUCACUGUUACUAAAUAUGUGCCAUUGCUGGUUUGGGCUAGCAAGACUAAAGGAUGUUUGAUAUUCAUCAAAUUCUUUAUCCUACCCAUUCCAUAGUUAUUCCAGAAAAGAAACCAAACCUUCAUACCGGUUGCCAGAAAGUUAUGACUCAUACGUUUGAAAAAACAGAAUGAAAGGACAUCCUAAACAGCCUUUGUUGAUUAUUUCGCUUUCUGAAGUUGGCAGAUCUAAGUUAUGAGGUUAUUUCUGCCUGAACAGGGGAAAAUUUGUAGUCUUUCAAGGUAGAUUUUGAAAGAGCACAGCAUUCAGUGACUUGGAAGCGUUAUCAAUCGGACAAUUUUUUUGAUGGGUGUUAGGAAAAAUAGAUGAUUUGAAGAAGGAGUUGUCUCUCAAUAGCCCAACUUUCUUCCUACAUCUUCUUGUUGUUCAGCCAGACAGCUUCACGGGGAAGAACAAUGUUAUGAUUGGCAUAAUAAAGAUCAUUAGUAAUGGUGCGGGAAUAGGGCGGUGUCUUUCAACUAAUCCCUGCUUCAUAUGGUAAAAGCUUUAAAGUCUCAAAAAUCCAGAAUAAUUAUCCCAAAGAGCAUGAUUGUGAGAGUUGGAAAGAUGAGAAUAAUUCCCCUGCCCGGGGAGACUGCCUUAUCCCAUAUGAGAUCAUUGAGUCUUGCUCAAAUACAUGAUUUUGAGCUUGAAGUUCCUUGCACUUUUAUGAAAAGUAUUGAGGAGAUUAGAAGCUCUUGUUUUUUCUCAAAGGGACUUGAAAAGAAUGUUAAGAUUGACAUCUCAUCAAGUUGGACGAUUUUUAGGAGAAGGGAGGCAAGAAUGGGGUUGGUGAAAGUUCAGGAACACAGCAAAGCAUUACUCCUGAAGCAUUUUCUAGAAUAGGAGAAGAGUAUGGUAUAUACAUCACGUACCUAUCUAAUUACCAACCAUUCAAGUUCCAGAUGCUGAUCUCACAUGGGUUUCUUUGGCCUUGAACUCAUUCAUGAGUUCAUAGAAAAGUCUUAACCAGUAGGAAGAGAUUCUUUUGAUUCGAAUAGCAUGGUUCUGGUGAAAGUUUUGAUGAAGACCAUUGUGCUUUGUGAGUCCAUUUCUGUGAACAUCUGAUGCAUCCGUUUAAAACCUAUGUGCUGAAGGUAGAGUAAUAUCUCGCUCUAGAGUUGGUGUUUGAUUUGAUCCCAAUGAAGGUACAGUAUGAUUCUAAUGAAGGGCUUAUCUCAUUCAAUGGGACUAGAUUUUUUGCAUUAUAUCAGAUGAAUUCGUGCAUCGAUUUAACGAAUAUUGUACGAAAGUUAGAGUUUGAUGAACUUUAUUGCUGCAUAUUCCAUUUCUUACAUGGUUCCUUCCCUCUCAUUCCAGAGCAAAUCCUAACCUGUUGUAAGCUCCUCUCGAGUAUACACGACUUUGGUCUUUGACUUUUUUCUCAGCGCUUGUAAAUUUUCUUAACCAGGUACAAUUGGUCAUGUGGCCCAUGGAAAGUCAACGGUUGUCAAAGCAAUAUCUGGUGUGCAGGUAAAACCGUGAGAUAAUACUCUGCAGUGCCCGAUGAUUUAUCUAACCUUGAUCUCAAUGCUUCGGAUAUUUUAGGAGAGAUUAUUUUAUUGAACAAUGGAGCAUACAAAGCUAGGAUCUUGGAAAAAUGACGAAGCAUAUUUAUAAAUUACCCAUAAAAAAAUACUAUGAACAAUUUGAUUCAUUAAGAUUUAUAUAUUUUUUUUCAUAAAUCCUAAUGGUAGAAGAUCCGUCUGUGUCUCCUCCCAUCUGCAGACCGUGCGUUUUAAGAACGAGCUCGAGCGUAAUAUCACCAUCAAACUCGGGUAUGCAAAUGCAAAGAUAUACAAGUGCGAAGAUGAACGGUGCCCCCGUCCCAUGUCCUACAAGUAUGACCGAACCUGCAUGAACUCUAUUUUUCUCAUUUUUUAAUUUUUAAUUUUUGCAUAACUCAUUUUUAUUAUUAUUCAUGAGCUGGGGCCAUAUUUUCAGGGCCUAUGGAAGUGGAAAGGAAGACAGCCCUUUUUGUGACGUGCCCGGAUUUGAGAAUGCUAGGAUGAGGCUGUUGAGGCAUGUUUCCUUCGUUGACUGCCCAGUGAGUGGUCAAUCUUCAUGGCAGCACUCUCAUCAGCACAUGAACAGCCAUUUUCCUAACCUUUUUUUUAAUCUAAAAGAUUUAAUUUAUUUUAUUUUUUCUGUGAAAAGUAUAGAUGCUUAUUUUCGUCCUCUGAUGAUGUUCUGUUGACCCAGGGCCACGACAUCCUCAUGGCCACGAUGCUGAAUGGAGCCGCCAUCAUGGAUGGGGCGCUGCUGCUGAUAGCCGGCAACGAGAGCUGCCCGCAGCCUCAGACCUCCGAGCACCUGGCGGCUGUUGAGAUCAUGCGUCUGAAGCACAUUAUCAUCCUGCAGAACAAGAUCGACCUCAUCCAAGAGAGCGUGGCAAUCAACCAGCACGAGGCGAUCCAGAGCUUUAUUCAGGUGGGUGGGUCAACGGAGGAGGGGUGGCAGUGCCCCCGCUGGAGAAAGAUCCUUCUUCGUGGCGGGAUUUUCUAAAUUCUACUUGUUCUUUGUCUUUUUUUGCAGGGCACGAUCGCUGACGGGGCCCCGGUGGUGCCGAUCUCCGCCCAGCUGAAGUACAACAUCGACGUGGUCUGCGAGUACCUGGUCAACAAGAUCCCGAUCCCCGAGAGGAACUUCGUCGCACCCCCGAACAUGAUCGUCAUCCGUUCGUUUGACGUCAACAAGCCUGGGUUUGAGGUGGAUGAGAUAAGAGGCGGAGUCGCCGGUGGUAGCAUCCUUAGGGUGGGUUGACCGAUGCCCUCUUGCAGCCGCAUUUGUUUUUCCCGGAAGAACUGACCCAUACCCGGUAAUUAUUAAAGUCAACGUUUGCUCUUCCCAUUGCUUUUUUUUUUCUUCUGUGCAGGGCGUUCUGAAAGUCAACCAGUUCAUCGAGGUCCGCCCCGGGAUUGUGGUCAAGGAUGAGAGCGGCAACAUCAAGUGCACGCCGAUAUAUUCCAGAAUAGUUUCUCUGUAUGCAGAGCAGAACGAGCUACAGUUUGCUGUGCCUGGAGGCCUCAUCGGGGUUGGCACCACCAUGGACCCCACGUUGACCAGGGCUGACCGGCUGGUUGGCCAGGUCCUCGGAGAGGUCGGCUCCCUGCCCGACGUCUUCGUCGAGCUCGAGGUGAGAACCCCCUCCCAAAAUCUGACCUUGGUCAACCCUCCUUCCCGAAGAAAGGUGGACGUGGAUUGACUUUUUCUUUUGUAUUGUUGUUUACUAUUUCAGGUGAAUUUCUUCCUGCUGAGGCGGCUGUUGGGGGUGAGGACAAAGGGGACGGAGAAGCAGGGCAAGGUGUCGAAGCUGGCCAAGGGGGAGAUUCUCAUGCUGAACAUCGGCUCAAUGUCAACGGGGGCGCGUGUGGUCGCCGUGAGGAACGACCUAGCGAAGCUGCAGCUGACGGCACCGGUCUGCACCAGCCGCGGGGAGAAGGUGGCUCUCAGCCGGCGCGUGGAGAAGCACUGGCGGCUGAUCGGAUGGGGCCAGAUUCAGGCCGGCGUGACCCUCGACGUGCCCCCCAGCCCCAUUUGA